AUGAAAAAUAUCGAUACAUCGGGAGUGGUAACCAAAAAGCUUAAAGAAAUAUGUCCAGCGUACAAAAAAAGUCCAAGUGUAGAUGUGGCUGAUUUGGUUGGAAACUGGAUGACAGUAUUUACUCAGCCAGAAGCUAUUGAUUGCUUUACAGUUCACAUUAGAGCAACUACCGAGAUGGAACGAGAAAUAUACACUACGAAAUACGGUAACUUCAGUAGUAGUGUUGAUUGGAGUCGAUGUUUCUUGCAAGUAGGAACACCACUUGGAAAGCACUUCUUACAGGGUAACGGAACAGAAUCUGGUCUUAUGGAAAACAUUAUUAUCUUCGAAGAUAAACCAGGUGAAUAUCAGCUGCAAAAUGCAACUGCGGACCAAUGGAUGGUAUACGGGCAUCGAGGAAGCGAAGUAUUGAUCACUCGCGACUGUUCUGGCGAAACAGCGGCAGCAUUUGCGCGUGCCCACUAUUGGCCAAAAUUUCAAGAAUUAGGCGCCAUAUUUCACCGCAGCGGUAUUGCAAUUCAUGCUAAUAAAAAUACGCUCUGUCAACCAAAAGGUGCCUGUAACAAGAAAUGUGUUGAAACACCACGUUUUAACCGAAAAGGCAGUAUACAGAAACUCAACAAGUUUCAAGUCCCAUAG